CAUGGCGAUCGCAAGUCGAAAAUUUCCAAUUUCAGGAUAAUAAAUGCGCAAUUUCGUGAUCAAAGAGUUGAGUUAUCGUGAUCUGUCCAAGAUUCCAAACAUCCAUGAUGAACCAGCAUCUUUUACUGGCUUUACUAUUGGCCUCAUCAGGCUUUGUCCAUUGCACCCAUCUUACACGUCAGAGGCCGUCCUUCGUCACAGAGCCGCAGAAUUUGAUCGUGGAGAAACAAGCGUCAGUGGUUCUCAACUGUACCAUACAAGAUUUAGGGAGUUAUUCAGCAACAUGGCGCUACCUCGACCAUGACAUCACAAUAUCAGUCAACGAGACGAUUUAUGCAUCACACAAGGACCAUUAUAAGAUCCUCCGUCCUCCUGUAUCAGAGACGAAAAAAUCCCAUUCGAAUUGGUUUCUUGAGAUCAAGAACGUCGACGUGGGUGACAUCGGGUACUAUUCUUGUGAGGUGGAUGGUAUUCCUGGCUUGCUGCAGGUCAGCUUGAUCAAGCUUGAAGGUGUUGCUGCUCCACCAAAACCUAACGUAGUACAAAAAACCAAUUACACAGCUUGUUGCAAGAAAGAUAAGGUGAUGAAAACAUGUUUACCGAUGUGCAGCCCACACACUUUCGACUCUGAAACAUUCCACUAUGAAUUGUGCCACAAAAAUCUCUCAGCUAUUCUCAACUGUGGUUCAGAUGGCAGGAAUCACGUGCCAUGCUGUAGGCAGCGCCAGGUGCCAGACCAGUGUCUCGAUCUCUGCCUGAACCAGGUCAACUUCACCGACUUCACAACGCACAUGGCCAAAGAGUGUUACGACAGGAUGAAGGAUAUCACCGAGUGCUUUGCUGAAGGCCAGGUUGCCCUACCAGGACCACCUGUCAAAAUUCACUCCAAUGCAGUCAGUAAGAUGUCGGUCUUUGUUGGCUGGGAUAUGCCUAAGUUCAACAAGGAACUGGUCACAGGCUACAGGUUGUUCUAUGCCAAGGCGGACGCUACUCAUUUUACCGCUACCCCUGUCAUCCAGCAGUUGUACCACAUCCUCACCAACCUGGAGAAGGACACCUUCUACAAGAUGUACGUGCAGGCUAUCAGUAAUCACGGCUCAAGUCUACCUUCAUAUCUAAUCAAGGUGUUUGUCAAGGAUAUUACGCCUGUUGACGGAGGCAAGAUUGUCAUGGAUUGCUGCAAGAUUAAAGGCGUGUCCAGCGCGUGCCAACCUAUCUUGUGUGGUGGUCCAAACACUCAAACUAUUGACUCGGGCAAAAUGAUGGACUGCGUCGGAGAUUUCCAGAAGUCUUUAAGUUGUUACUCUGGAGGACGGGAUCAUACGCCCUGCUGUCUGUCCAAGGGCGUGCACGCCUCGUGUCUGGACUUCUGUAAGGGAACGGCGUCACCAGUUUUGGAUAUCAAUCACCUGAUGUGUGUCUCGUAUAUGAACGAUAUCUCAAACUGUCUGAUGGAGGGACUUGGCAUCCUCCCUGCUGCUCCAGAAGACAUUUUGAUAUCGGCAGUAACCAUGGACAGGGCUGAUAUUUACUGGAAACCUCCCGCUACUCACCCGGAGCGAGUUAUGCACUACAUCAUCAAAUAUAAACCCAAGCACAGUAACUUGUUAUUGCCAAUGGAGAUUCGUGUGGACAACAGAACACUGAACACCACCCUGAAAAACUUGACCAAAGGCACUCUGUAUGAAACGUACGUGUUGGCGGGGAAUUCGGCGGGAACAAGUCCACCAUCGUCUGUGGCUAACUUCCUGACAUACAGCUACCACCCAGACUCUGGUAUCGUACUUCCCCCAGCACAGAAAGCGCCCUACAACGUCACAGAAUGCUGUAUUGAAAGGAAACUAAAUAGUGAAUGUCUGCCCAUGUGCUCCUUUAAGUUGGACAUCACCAUUUUAAACCGUGUGCCCUCAUUCUGUAAAUCGGACCUCGCUGCCACUAAGACUAUUCUAGCCUGUGGAACAGAUGAUCGUGAUCACACUCCGUGCUGCAAACGUGAGCAAAUUUCGGCGAAAUGUCUGGAGACCUGUCGGAUGACCCAUAGCGGCACAUUGGACGUGAGUCAUAAGGAAUGUUUCAUCAACAUGACCACGAUCUACAAGUGCUAUGAGGAGGGGAAUGCACUGCUGCCCCUACCUCCUCGAGACCUCAAAUUCAAGUCUGUUACUGCACAUACCAUGAGCAUUUCUUGGAUGGAGCCGGCAAAGGCACCUGAGGGUGUGUUGUUCUACAUAGUGGAGUACAAAAAAGAUGGGGAAACAGAAUGGAUGCAGGAAAAGACAGUUCAGAAAGAAUUCACCGUGCAGCACCUGAAACCAGACUCAAGGUAUUCGGUCCGAGUUAAAGCCGGGAACAAGUAUGGGACGAGUCUACAUGGAAAUGCGAUUGGCAGUGAGCAGACAAAUGCUGAGGCGUCUGGUGGUACCACUCCUACGCAACCACCGCCACCAAAGCCUAUCACAAAUGUCACCCAAGAUAUAUCAGAGUGUUGUGCCAAGAGCAGUGUCAGUGACCCUUGUAAAAAAUUGUGUACUGGUGCUCGGCUUGGAAGUAUGCUUCAGUGUAAGAAUGACUUUAACAAGAUUAUCUCUUGUGCUGCAGAUAAACGAGAUCAUAGCAAAUGCUGCAAGAGACGCACUGUACCCUCCUUCUGUAUCAAGUACUGUCGAGGAGAAUCAGCUGACCAGCUCACAGCCUUGGCCUGUGCUACCCAUCUCGAGCAGAUAAGGGGAUGCUUCUUCGAGGGAUACAAUACUUUACCAAGUCCUCCGCUGGAGUUCACUAUCACAAAGGUCAUGGUCGAUGAGAUUGACUCGGCAUGGAAGCCAUCCACUUUUACACACGAUAAAAACAUCAUCUAUAAUCAGCAUUAUGAUGAAGGUGGCCCAUACAUAAACAAGAUUAAGGAGAAUGUCAAAAGCCCCUACAAGCUUGGCAACCUGACAGAAAACACCCUCUAUGAUCUCUACACAGUCUCUGAGAACCAAUAUGGAACAAGUCUUCCCUCGGCUAGUUUCUCCGUCUACACUUACGAGAAAGGUGCAGAUGCAUUUCAAAUCACUGUGAGCUACAGUCCAAAAGGUUACAUCAGGGAAGGUCAAGAUGUGACCUUGAAGUGUGUGGCGUCUGCUGCAUGGCCUAACCCACCUACCAUCCAAUGGGGGAGGAAAGAAAAGAAGCUUAUCGAGGCUUCUGAGUACAAACUUACCAAUGUGAAGAUUGCAGACAGAGGACUCUACAGUUGUGAAGUGAAAAAUAACAAUGACAAACCCAUAAUAAAGAGUAUUUACCUCCGGAUGCAAUAUCGACCCACAGUAGCGGUAAAGGAUCACUGGGUAGACGUGUUACCAAGGCAACAUAAGAAUGCAACUCUGAGUUGCUCCUUUGAGGGAUAUCCCGAGAAACUUGUUUGGUAUUUCAACGGAUAUGAAAUGGAUAAAUUUACUUAUGCGUAUGUGACGACAAAACGUGACGAUGCCACAGGAAUCACGAAGUUUAAUCUCAUGGUUGAGAAGGUGAUAAGUUCUGAUUAUGGCACCUACAGUUGUGUUGGUAGUACCCCUGGACUAGGCCAAGCUAGAGGAUAUAUUCACCUCUAUGAUAAUACUACCAGUACACCACCAGAGAAGCCUGCAGCAAAGGUUCUCAAUGUGACAGAUUGCUGUGUUAUAAAGGGUGUCGCAAAGAAAUGUCAGGUGGCAUGUCAGUUUGACGUUGACCUGACUCAAAUUAAAGACGUCCUCGUCGACUGCGUAAAAGAUCUCAAGAACAUCAUGCUGUGUGGCGCGGAUGGGAAGGACCAUACAGUGUGCUGCAAACAGAAUUCCGUACCUCUUGAAUGCCAGUCGUUCUGUGCGGGAGUUGUCCCCAAAGUCUCAAUGGAUAAGAUGUUGUAUUGCCUUGGGUUUUCAACGCAAAUAAUCUCCUGCAUGGAGCAGGGCAGUGUUCUCAUUCCGUCUGCUCCAAGAAAUUUACGAGGGACAAGCGGCGAUGACUGGAUUAACAUGAAGUGGGACCCGCCCCUGCAGAAUCCUGACUUCGUCCAGCAGUACGCGAUCUAUUACCGAACCAGUAGUGGUGGGAAAGAGAGAAUGGUGAUGGUGGGGCCUAAAGCAAAUGACCCGAGAAAUUUUGCGUCAUCUGAGUUCCGGUACCGGACACAAGUACGCAUUGAGAAUAUAGGAUCGGGGAGAGAGUACACCAUCUAUGCGAUUGCGAGGAAUCAUCACGGCAAGAGUGCAUAUUCCAAUACGCUGAUCAUAUCAACGACCGGGAAACCUAACCCACCCCAACAGCUGAUCUGUGUGCCAACAAAUACCAAUCUCAGGUUGUCGUGGAACGCCCCCAUGGGCUCUGUACAUUACUACCAGUUCCAUGUGUAUUACAGAGCGGAUGAAGUUACCGAUCAUUAUACUGAGAAACCGACUGGUGCGUUCAACUAUCUUAUCGAUGAGCUGCUACCUGGUCAGCAGUACACGAUCUAUGUCACAUCCGUUAAUAAGGUUGGACAGAGUGUGCCUUCGAACAAGUGUCACGUUUAUGCACCGGGAAAAGCUCCUCCGAAAACUACUCCUGCACCAAGUCCUACUGUUGGGAGGUCAAACAUUGGUCUUGGUAUCGGACUUGGUUUCGUUCUGGUCAUCCUGUUGAUAGCUCUUGGUGUCCUCGGCUGGUACAUGUGGAAGAAACGCGGAGCAACGGCUGGAAAGAAGCCGACUGUUUCCUUUGAGAAUCCUGCGUAUAAACCACGGACAGACAACCCUGAUGCCACCGGUGGGGCAGGGGCAGUGCAGAUCUCUGGCCUACCAAACCAGGAGGAGCAGCCUAUUCAGGCAUUCACUCCUCUACCAAGUACGAUAGGGCCUCGACCCACUGCUGGAGCCAAUGGCACCGACACUGUCAUCGGCAAUCCUCAUACCAUGCCCCCACCCCCUGCUGACAAUGAUCUUGGGGUGUCGCUCGGUCAACUCGAUGUGAAUCGUCUCGAUCCAAAUCAAGUCAAAGUUGAGAUAAAUUACGAUACAGGAGUAUCAGAAUCAUAAGUCAAGGUCACAUAAUUAGACAAUUCAGGCCAAGGUCACUUGGCUUGCAGGUCAAAUAUCAUUUGACCUUGAGGUGGGGUUCAUUUGAAAUGACCUUAUCAGGGUCAUUUUCAUCGAGUGGAGAAAACAUUGAACUGUAGCAAGUCAUGUCGGGCCCUGAUUCUCGGACAGAUGAGUAUUAUGGUGUGGAAGAUUUACGAAGGAUCAAAGUGCAAGACAGAUUGUGUUCUUCUUGGGCAGUUUGACAAAAGUUCACGUGUUGUGGAAAACUUUGCUAAACCGUGUAACAAUCAUUACACCCAGGGUAUUUCCCUUGUAUUGGUGUCUAGAGUCUAGGGCACCUCAAGAUGGUUCAUGAUGCCUCUAAUGUGCCAGUCACUACAUCUAUUCCCUCCAAGAUUGUUUCUUUCACCAAGGAGUCCUAAAUAAACAAUCGGUUAGCUCACAAAGGCGUCUACAUGUAAUAAGUAAUUUGGAAAUUGAAUUUCAACUUGUUAAAGUAAACCAACUUGAGGUGCCGUAGACUAAGAUUUACAAUCAAAGAUGCAUACGGUUUUGAUUUAUCAUUUGCAAGUAAUCGCUGGUAUAAGAUUCUAUUUGACAUUCCACUUUCUGAUCAAUGAUUCCAUGUACCCUUGAAUGCCGGUAAGCUGAGCCUAAGUCCAGAGCUUCUGGGAUUUAUAUUCUAAAGCUGUGGGGAUUUGAAAGGAUGUGUUCAGGGUAUAUGACUUUACAUUGAGUUGGGUACUUUUCAAUAAGAUUCCAUCCAGAUUAUUUUGAUAAAAAAGUUAAAGAACAGUCCAGUUGAUAUACAUUCCAUCCACUGGUGAAAAUUCCGUCGAUCUUGUUAUAUUGUCAGUUUCAAUUUGAAGUUAUUUGAAUUUCAAUGAGAACGAAAUUUCAGAAUUAAGGAGUUUAAAUAAUGUGAUAAAGGUCAUCAAUUUAUAAUAUUGUUACAGUCCAUCCGAUUUUUAAUUCCAUCCUCAAACUCACAGUCAGUGUUGUUAUAUCUAAGCCAUUGUUAUUACAGUUCUUCUUCUUCUUCUUCUUCUUCUUCUUCAGCGUUCGCUCUGCACUUGGAGGGGUCAUUCUCCUAGGAGUAAUCCUCCUCCAAGGCGGGAUGAGCGUAUCCUGCGUGCCACAACGGUUAGGCACCAAUUGGGUUUAUUGGCCUAGUGGUCCGACUUUGGCGAGAGAGAUAGAGUCCACGCAAGCUACUCAUGUUUCUCACUUGAUGGGGUCUUAGCUUGACCUGGCAUAGACACCAGGUACAAUGAACCUCGGUUUUGAGUCUCAUUCGAAGGACUGUGAAGAGCCAGGAAUUUUAGUUCCUUGAAAGCCACGCCGGUUCAUCCAGACAUACGAUCCUGGGUUCUCCCCGGGAUCGAACCCGGGCCCUAUUGCGUGGUGGCCAGCAGUGUAAACCACUAGGCCAUGAGGCUCCGUUAUUACAGUGAUUUGCAGUGCUUUCUUCAUCGAUCAUGUUGGUGUGAAUAUAUUGCCGUCCUCGACUGCUAGACCUACUGCUGCCAUCUAGCGAGAAGGUUUUGAACUCGACGUGUAUGUGGUUCAUUACAUAAGAGGUUUAAAAAUCACUCCACACACUUAUCUUUGAUUAUCCGUGCGCUGAUUCUUACCAUCCUCUAGUGUGGCCUGCCUCAAACACCUGUAAUAAGUGAUUAACUUAGUUUGUAUUGUUCAAUUCUUGGGACCACGUCCAUCAACCUUGUCUCCAAGUAUCACUCUAGUGUUUUGGUUGCCCUGCCAUGCACUUCUCUUACCCUUGGAACGAGGUCAUUUUGGAAGGAUCUUGCCAGAUAUGUUUGCAAACUGGACAAAAGACUGGCACUUGGCGAUAUCCAGAUGACCGCUGAACCAGGGAUCAGCCAGGUCAAGGCUACCACACACUGGGGCUGUUUUUGCUGCAUUAGUUUGUCCUUUCGUUAUUAAACAUAAACAAGACCAAUAUCAUGGGGAAGGUGCUGUAAAUAUGCUUAACUCGGGAGAAUAUGAUGAUUAUGUGCCAUACCUAACUCAAUUGUAAGUUUCGAGCUGAUAUUUUCCUAUUGUGUUGUACUGUGUUAAAGGUAUACAUGUACUGUACAAAGUAAUCAGGAGUGCAAAUCUCCGAGGUUGAGUAUUCUAUGUAAUAUUCUUUUAUUUUCAAGAAUUGAAUAAUGCCCAAAAUAUUGGUAUGCUGUGAAAUAAUGAUGAAUAUUUUUGAAUGAUACAACCUUUAUUUGAAUUUCCUCUAUGUUUUAUGAUCUGUACCUGAGGUUAGAAGUACUUUUAGGUUCUUUCAGGUUUGAACUGUUUCAUGAACAGAAAAGCCAAAUUUUUAUUAAACUAAGAAAACCUUUUUGAAACGGUGACAACUCCCUGGCAGUAAGAGCUGAUUCUGAGUAUUGUUGUUAUAUCAACAAUUUGUUUAUGAAACCACUUUUGUUUAUUCAGAAUCUCUACUACUCUCCACCUAAAACGUCAACAUUUUUGUGUAGGAGUUGUGAUCUUGCGCAUUGCUCCUUUGUCGUGCAAUUUACCAGACUAUAAAAGAGAUCUGCUGAGGCCCUAGGCCAGUUUUCUUUUGUUUCUCCUUGAGUAGUUUUAGAUGCAAAUCGCUUGCCUCCAUUUAUCUAUUGUGUUGUCUGUUAACAUCUAUAAAUAGCCUGGAAGACUCCAGAAUAAUGAUUUGUUGUGUAAAGCAUGUAAUUUAGACCUAUAAUGUGUAUAUUCGAGAAGUAAAUGAUCUAUUUGUUAUUGUAGGUGAACAGCUGAUUCUACUGUGUUCAAAUACUAUGUCAACCCUGCAGCUAAUAUCACUAGAUACUAGUGUAAUUGGUAUUGACCAUGAUAAAUUGCAUCUGAUUCAGUAGAACCUCUUUAUAAAGGACACCCUUUGUACUGAAAAAUGCUGGCAUUUAUAGCGAGGCGUCCUGAUCUGGUUGUAUAGAAAUGACCCAUUUGUGACCGAAAUCACUGUCCCCAAUAGGGAGGGUGUCCCGCUAAAAGAGGUGUCCUCUAAGGGAGGUUCCACAGUUCAUUUAAUGAGGAUUUCUCAUAAAUAAGCCAUUGUAUUCCUAAGUACAUGCAUGUCGAAAUCUUACAUUCACAACUGUAUAGAAAAUCCGUCUAUGGUAUGUCAUAUCACAGAGUUGCUAUAUUUAUUAUUGUAUGGUAUGCACAUACAUUUACUCUGUCUGUUCAAUUAUGCGAGCAAGGCUUUCCUUCUGUUAUUCACCGUAUCGUCAUAUUGAGUAUGAUAAAUGGUAAUCAAUUAUAAAGGCCAAAGGUGUUGACCAAUCAAAGUGCGAGUCCACUGUUGCCUACGGUCCACCUGUGUGGUAUCUUUGAGUUGUCACGGCAUAGACACAAGACACCAGAUACAACAGACUAUACCUUCCUAUCCAACAGACGGCACUCCAGAAAAGCAUCAUUCUAUUGACUGGUUCAUACCACUACUCUGAAAUGACCUCUGUCCCUGUCUAUUGUGAGCUAACAGAAAGAUCCCACUCAGCUAAUUGAACCAGCACAGUAUGUGUAUUUGGCUUGUAGCUCUAUUUUUCAUAUUGUGUGUUGUUUUAAUGAAAUGUGUAUAUAUACGUUGUAAAUGCUAAAAGCUUUAAUUCAUACAUUCCUCAAAUUUGCUGACUGAGUGGAUGGGUUAACCAUGACCUCAGUCCUCAUGGGUUAAUGACGUAGUUGUGCUUUAUCUUUUUAUCAUCUGUCAGGCAAUUACCGUCCUUAGAAUAGAGUGGCUCCCACUGUCCUCAGAUUGGCUGACCAAUUCGUCCAUUCUAAAGAUGUCUUGUUUAACGUUUUGAUGUUUGUGAUAAACUUUCAUUCACCCUGUUGUGUGAUAGAAUCAAAUCUACAGUGUUUUAUAUCAACAGUCUCAUAUGAAGACCUCGCUUGUUGGUUUAAGCAGAUAUUCCAGAGGUAAAAUCCAUCCAAAACUUCUGCGCACUGAACUGGGAUUGGUUGUUUUUGCCUCAAAUAUAUCAUUAUAUGUCACAGUUAUUGCACUAAUUCAACAACCAGAAACGAGCAUAUCUGCAAAAAGAAGCAUUUUAUUUGGGCCAAUGUGUUUUGCACUUAUGAUAUUUACAUUCCGGCAAAGCUGCAAGCUUAUAGUAGUUUAUUCUUAUGUAUAUUUCUGUUCAUUUCAAAUAUCUUCAGAUAUUUUAUUUUUACAAAUUUUAUGAACUCACUUGUGAAAAACUACUUUGCUUUAGUAUGCUUUCUAUCAUGCAAGAGUUUUGCAAACAUUUAUACUUACUCCCUCUUAAGAGGUUAUCUGAGUCAUCAACUUUUUCAAAUGAAUGCGAAAUGCACACCUGGGGUUAAUGACAAAUGCACACAUUAAACUUUUCAAUUAAAAGUUAAAAUUUCAACAUUGUCAAGCCAAAUUUUAGAGGGGUCUGGCAAAAAGCAUGUGAUUUGUGUAUUGAAAAUGUUGAUAAUAUGGAUGAUCUCUCAAGGUAUAAAAAAAAUAUUGAUGCCACCUAUCUAUCAAGUUUGUUCCUGGUUCAUAUUUUAAAGGGUCCCUUUGUGGUCCCUCUAACUCCAAUUAAGUUUGUGAAAACGUCACUUGCUAUUCUCUUUCAAUGAAUAUAACAAACCAGUGAACAACUCAUUGUGAAAAAGGAUUGAAUUGAAUUGUGAUAUUCUGCUAUUCAACCAUUAGUAAGUUUUUAAAUUGUUAGAUAGAAAAAGGGGAUAUGGUAUCUUAUUCUUGAUACUCAUUAUGCUCAGUAUUUCUUGUAUAGGUUUUUGUUUAGUUUGUCCUAGGAUAAGUUUUGUUGCUUCAUUAUUUUAGUCUCAUUGUUUUAUUUUUAUUUUUUAUUUUUAUUUUCAUUCCCUUUUUAUCUUGGUCUUACUCAAACAUAAUUUGCUAGACCUCCCUGUGUGUUGAAAAUAAAUGAUAUAUCAGAGAGGUUUAGCAAAUAUAUAUAUGACAGUUAGACUGAGACUAAGAUGAAAAAUUUGAAUACACCAUGUAUUUUAGCCGAAAAGUUCCCCAAGCAGGCUGGAUUAACUCAACACAUUAUCAUGUCGGUUGGGUUCUUUUGGCCCAUUGAGGUAGGCAUGCAAUCUAGUUCAGCUCCUCUGUUUCAAAUCAUGUGGAGCAGAAUUUAAUGCAGGGUCUACACCUGUGAUUUUGUAUUAUAUUGAUAUAAGUAGCUUGAUUUUUCCCAGUUUCAAAUGCUUGCAAUUACUGAUAUUUUGCUUUUGUCAAAUUUUCAUCAAAUCUCUGUUGUACAAAUCUACUAUUCAAGAUUUUUAAGAUAUUAACAAUUAAGAUAUAAGACUGAUGUUAGGCAUUUGCAAGAUAUUUUAUGCUAAAGAAAGAGAAACGAUAUUAGGAUUGUCGUACAAACACUUGAAGUAGGGGAAAUGUUGCAGAGCUUAUCGUUCAUUUGUGAAUUUCUUCUGUUCAGCAGACUUCAGGCUUCCUAAUGUACUGUUUCUUCAGGUGGGGGUUGUGGGGGGGGG